AUGGGCAGUCACAACCACAGCAACAGCUCCUCAUCAACAAACCUAGUCUCCCAUCCAUUGAGAUUAAAAUCCUCGUCCACCACCUCCAUCCCCCCAAUGCCCCUCCCACACCGCCAAGGCUUCUCCCCUACCCCCGAAUUACCAGAUACAAGCUUCUACCGGCUGUGUCAUGAACUAGCUUCGCAUUCGCAGAGUGGGCUUAUCAACGGUCCUAUUGACCAGCGCUGCCGGAAUAGAACUGGUAAUGGUAAUGGGAGUCCACGGGGUAUGGCUAUGCGGGCGUGGGAAUCUACUUCCUCUAUUCCUCUGACUUAUACGUCUACAUCUGAAGGGACGAGUCAAAGUCAAAGCCAGACCCAAAGCCAGAGUGGAAGUAGGAGUGUGGGUGGAAGUCUAAUCAGACAACCCGCUGGACAGAUCAUAACCGCCGACGGUAUCGUCCUAGGCGCAAAUUUGGAUCGUUAUUCUAGUGGGAUGGAGAUUGGGAGGUCUACCGGUCGGGGGCGGGAUGUUGGGGGGAGUUGUCAUGAACAUGUUAUGAGUUUUAUGCAUUAUGGGAGUGGGGGUGGUGGUGGGAAUGGUGGUGGAAGGGCUGAGAGAGGCAUUCAGAUGCUGGAUACGGUUCAUGGGGAUGAGAGGGUUCAUAGUCCUUCGAGUGAGGAGCUGAGGUGUCAGGAUGCGACUGCGGUUUUGGAUGGUUUGAAGGUUUUGGAGGAUGAUGAUGGGGAUGUUCCGCCUGCUUAUGAUGGGCGGGAUGGUUUUACGGAUGCUGAUAUUAAGUCUCUUGCUGGGAUGAUGGAAAUGGGUGUUAGGACUUGA